CCACACACACAUUUUUUACACACUCUUCGUCUUCCUCCUCUUGCUUCUUCGAUUUUUUUUGUUUUUAUGCUCAGGUAAUGUCGUUUCUGUAACCGAAGGUCAUCUCCGAAGAAUCAAUCACUGAGAUUUUACAAAAUGGCGGCUACUAAACUUUUCUCGCGGUGUUUCGUUUUCGUUUUCGGUUUCGUGUUCUUCUCCUUCGCUCAUCUCUUUGGCUUCUCUCUCGCUGGUGAUCCUUACAUCUCUUACGAUUUCAUUGUUUCGUACAUCACCGCUUCUCCUCUCGGUGUUCCUCAACAGGUUAUAGCCGUCAAUGGGAAAUUUCCAGGUCCUGUGAUUAAUGCUACAACGAACUACAAUGUUGAUGUUAACGUUAUCAAUCAUUUGGAUGAGCCUCUUUUACUCACUUGGCCUGGUGUUCAGAUGAGGCGUAACUCGUGGCAAGAUGGUGUUCUUGGAACAAACUGUCCAAUUCCUCCGAAAUGGAACUACACUUAUGAUUUUCAGGUGAAAGAUCAGAUUGGAAGUAUUUAUAACGGAUGCUUCAAACAUACCCCGGAAUAAUCCAGUUCACAAACCAUAUGUUGAAUAUUUCAAAGAAAUGGGGAUUUCUGAAGAAUUCUACUGCCUGAUGGAGAAAUCAUCUUCAUUAUUGGUGAUUGGUAUACUCAGAACCAUACUGCAUUAAGGAGUAUACUUGACUCUGGUAAAGAACUUGGGAUGCCAGAUGGAGUCCUCAUCAAUGGGAAGGGUCCUUACAAGUACAAUAGCAGUGUCCCUGAUGGCAUUGUAUAUGAGACUAUUAAUGUUGAUCCAGGGAAAACAUACAGGAUCCGUGUUCACAAUGUUGGUAUCUCGACAAGCCUGAACUUCAGGAUCCAGAACCACAAAAUGCUCCUGAUUGAAACUGAGGGUCGCUACACCUCCCAAAUGAACUUCACCGAUUUCGAUAUUCACGUGGGACAGUCUUACUCUUUUUUGGUCACCAUGGACCAAAACGCUACAAGCGAUUACUACAUUGUGGCGAGUGCUAGAUUUGUUAAUGAAACAGUGUGGCAAAGAGUCACCGGUGUUGGCAUUCUCCAUUAUUCCAAUUCCAAAGGACCUGCGUCUGGUCCUUUGCCAGUUCCCGCAACUGAUGUUUCUCACCCUUGGUCCGCCAUGAACCAACCAAGAGCCAUAAAGCAAAACACAUCUGCAGGUGGAGCUCGUCCAAAUCCGCAAGGAUCAUUUCACUACGGACAGAUAAAUAUCACAAGCACAUACAUCUUACGAAGUUUGCCUCCAACAGAAAUCAAUGGUACAGUUCGUGCUACCCUUAAUGGGAUUUCAUUUGUCAAUCCAAGCACCCCCAUGAGGCUUGCAGAUCAGCAUAAAGUGAAAGGAGAUUAUAAGUUAGAUUUCCCAGACAGACCACUUGAUGAUAGACAUCCACGUCUCGACAAGUCUAUCAUCAACGCGACAUACAAGGGCUUUAUACAAAUUAUCUUCCAGAACAAUGAUACCAAGAUACAGAGCUUCCAUAUUGAUGGAUAUUCGUUUUAUGUGGUUGCGAUGGACUUUGGCAUAUGGUCAGAAGACAGAAAAGGUUCAUAUAACAACUGGGAUGCAAUAGCACGAAGCACGAUUGAGGUUUAUCCAGGGGCAUGGACUGCUGUGCUUGUUUCCCUUGAUAAUGUUGGAGUUUGGAAUAUCCGAGUUGAGAAUCUUGACAGAUGGUAUCUUGGCCAAGAAACAUACAUGCGAAUUGUAAACCCCGAGGAAAAUGGAAGUACGGAAAUGGAUCCGCCUGAAAAUGUUCUGUAUUGUGGUGCUCUUCAGAGCUUGCAAAAGAAACAAGAUCACAGCGCUGCUGCAAAACUAAUACUAAAUGGACCGUUGAGACUAAUUUUCAGCAUGAUGAUGGUUUUGUUGCUGGCGUCGUUUUGGUCCUUUUUCUGAGUCUGUUGCAUCAUUUGGAAAUCUACUCUGGUCUGGUAUUUUGAUCUCCCAUUGGUUAGGGCUGUACGUAGAUGGAGAAUAUAACGAAACUGCUGGGUUCGUUGUGUUUCUCUCAUUUUAUUGAUUGUUAUAUUUCUUAUUGUUCUAAAACAACCUUAGUUCGUGAGGGUUUGUGUCUAAAAGCUUUGUUCUUAGUAGCUAUAGGUUAUUUGGAGUUUAUGUUCCUUGUUCAACUCUAUUCGCAACUGUAACUAAAGCUUUCCCUUUGGGGUAUUCUACAUUAA